AUGGCAACAGUGUUGCCUCCUCCAAGUAAGCGCCAGCGUCGUGAGAUUGACGAAAAGGCCAGACAACAGCAGGAGGUCGAUUCAAUUCCGGACAACUUGGGUAGCGUCCGAGUUCAGUUUUUCGACCAGUCCACAGGAGCCGCCUCUGGACCAGCUGUAGCCGUUCCUCUAGGUGAUGCAACAGUGAGGAACUUGGAAAUUCUAUUGAAUACUCUUCAGGGCCAUGAUGACCAUGAAAGGAUUCCAUAUAGAUUUGCGUAUAAGGAAGACGAUAAGGAUGGCAGCCUAGUCGAUAUUUCUUCCGACUUGUAUCAUUCUCUCCUUCAACCGGGUAUAAAAACAACGGAGGAUAUUAUCCACCUACAAUACACGCCCCAGGCUGUAUUUCGUGUCAAGGCUGCAUCACGAUGCUCAGCGUCAAUAGCAGGGCAUGGGGAAGCUAUAUUAGCUACAUCUUUUGCUUCGUCUUCGUCUUCACGUAUGGUAUCUGGAAGUGGUGAUUCAACGGCGCGUGUAUGGGACUGCGAUACUGGAACACCCUUACACACAUUGAAGGGACACACUAGCUGGGUUUUGGCUGUGAGCUGGUCGCCGAAUGACAAGAUAAUUGCCACUGGAAGCAUGGAUAACACGAUCCGAUUAUGGGAUCCCCGGACUGGCCAGGCCUUAGGCGCCCCGAUGAAAGGACACACCAAAUGGAUCAUGAGCCUUGCAUGGGAGCCAUAUCAUUUACAAAGCCCUGGAAAGCCCAGAUUAGCCUCAGCAUCCAAGGAUUCAACCGUUCGAAUAUGGGAUGCCGUGUCUAGACGCAUUGAGACCGUAUUGACCGGACAUAAAGGGUCUGUAUCAUGCGUUAGAUGGGGCGGCCUUGGUAAAAUAUACACCUCUUCUCACGAUAAGACUAUCAAAAUAUGGAAUCCAGAAGAUGGCAGUCUGGUUCAAACAUUAUCCUCCCAUACCCACCGUGUCAACCACCUAGCACUAUCCACCGAUUUUAUCCUUCGCACGUCUUACAAUGAGCACAACAAAAAAUCACCAGAGAAAGAAGAAGAUAAGGUAAAGUUAGCAAAGGAGAGGUUUGAAAAAGCUGCCACCGUCAAUAAAAAGAUAUCUGAAAGAUUGGUCUCAGCUAGUGACGAUUUCACUAUGUUUUUAUGGGACCCGGAGUCAUCAAGUAAGCCGGUAGCUCGAAUGCUUGGGCACCAAAAAGAGGUCAACCACGUCACAUUCUCCCCAGACGGAGCAUACAUAGCUUCUGCUAGCUUUGAUAACCAUGUCAAAUUGUGGAAUGCUCAAGAUGGAAAGCUUCUCGUUUCUUCUUCAAAAGACACAACUCUGAAGAUCUGGGACGUGCGGACCGGGAAAAUGACCAUGGAUCUACCAGGUCAUCAAGACGAGGUAUAUGCAGUCGACUGGAGUCCGGAUGGUGAAAAGGUUGGAAGCGGAGGAAGGGAUAAGGCAGCCUUGAAACUUGAAUCUCUUGCCAUUACCAAUACUAUGAGCUUACUUCCACCGUUUCCACACGAGUUGGGGGCUGGGCAACAUAACCAGUCUUACAAAUUCCGGGAUUGCUUGAAGGUAUAA